ACAGCAUCUUGUCCAUCUACAUGUGCCAUUCUCGGUCUCCCCUGCGCUCUGCACGCGCUACCGGAGCGCGUCUCGUCUAGGCAGUUCAGAGCCAUGCAGAAGUGACCUUGCUGGCGCUAGAAUCACGCUUGAUCCUAGCCCAGUCGACUCCGUUCCGGACUCCAAUCAUAUCUACAACCGUGCGCGUUUAACGCUCGCUCAUCAACAAUCAGAUCCUUGAGAAGGCUUAAGUCACUCCAAUACCUACCAAGCGCCUCAUUGCUGGCGAUUGCAACAGUUGCUGAUCGAAAUGCCAUCCGUUCGAGGCGCAGGGGCUCAAGCGGCCCACAAGCGCGUCUUCGUAGCGGCCUCUGACUCCGCGUCAUCUUUCGCUUCCACAGCGCCUAGCAUCAGUCACAUGGCCGGUCCCUCUGGACGAGGCGCCAGCUCGAUACCAGCAGGCACCAGCAUCGGCUCGGGUUUCGCAGCUUCUAACAUGGCGGGCCCCUUGUCCACCGCAGCGCUCGCGAGCGCCUAUCAAGAACUAGGCAAGGAGCUUUCCUCUUCACGCCUUCGUUCGAUAGGCAACUACACACUCGGCCGCCCGAUUGGGGAAGGAACAUUUGGAAAAGUGCGCCUCGGCUCUCAUCGUCUAAUCCCCAACUCGCGUGUCGCGAUCAAGCAAAUCCCCAAGUCCGCCGGUGCGAUGCAGUCGCUCAUCCGAGAAAUUCAUCAUCACCGGCGUUUGCACCACCCGCACGUCAUGCAGCUAUACGAGGUAUUGGCGACGGAGAACUACAUCUGGAUGGUGUCAGAGCUUUGCGCAGGGGGAGAACUCUACGACUACCUGAUCGAAUCGCCAACAGGCUGCCUUUCGGAGCACGAAGGUCGCAGGAUCUUCGGCCAACUCUGCCUGGCCGUCGCCUAUGUGCACGACAAAGGAAUAGUCCAUCGCGAUUUGAAGCUGGAAAAUGUGCUACUCGACGAGAGGUGCAACGUCAAGCUGGGCGAUUUUGGUUUCACACGCGAGUUCGAAGAGAGACGCUUGAUGGACACUUUUUGUGGUACCACUGGAUAUGCAGCGCCGGAGAUGCUUGCGGGAAAGAAGUAUUUAGGCAAGCAGGUCGACCUUUGGUCCCUAGGCAUUAUACUGUACGCCCUACUCUGUGGUGCCUUACCUUUCGAUGACGAUGACGAGGAAGUCAUGAAGGGAAAGAUCCUCCAAGGCGAAUUCGAGAUACCUUCCGGCUUAAGCGAAGAAGCGACAAAUCUGAUCACGUCCAUCCUGGUAAAGAACCCGUCUUCGCGUCCGUCGAUUCCAGAAAUUCUUUCUCAUCCCUGGUUCACCAAGAUCAUCCCCCCAGCUUCUGGGUUAGCAACAACGCAGACAACAGCGACGAGCGCGAUGGGCAUGACCACAGUCGAUGAAGACCCCUUUUCAUCAUCGCCUUCAGUUUCCGCAUCAGCAUCCGCGGCGAACGUCAGCUACCUCUCGGCUAUCGGCUAUGGCGAUGCCGAUACGGAUGCUGAAGUAGCAGGCAGCUCCGAGUACGAUUUGGGCAGCAGUCUCAGCCCCAUCCAGAGUCGAACCUCGGAGACCUCAGGCAUAUCGUUCUUGAGCGAGGCUGAGCAUUUCCUGAGGAGUGAAAGAGAUCGUGGUGAUGACGUCUCUGGCUUCGCACAUGAUGGCAAUAAAUGCGCCGAGUUCGGAAGCAAGCGGAAGGGUGCGAAGCGGGAACGACUUGAUGGCAAGGAGCUGCCGCAAACACCACUUUCUCUUCCGUCACCUCCCGAGACCAAGGACGUAGAACAAACUAGUCCAAGCGCGCGUGCGGUCGCCGGCGUUGAUUCAUUGAUGUCAUUAUCUACCACCUGCAACUGCGGCAGUAGCAAGAGGAGCAAAAGACCAAGCCUCGGUUCUGCGCGCAACGAUUCACACGCAACUUUACCGGGCACAGCCCUGAAGCGGGAAGGCUCGAUAGGGAGUGACGGCUCGUCGAAGGUCCCUCACGGCAACACGGCUGCUUUGAGAGAGCUUCCGACGCAUACGGAGAGCGUCAGCGCUGAUUCUUUCUCCACUUCAGACUCGGUACUGAACACGCCGGAACAGGAAAAAGACGAUGAAGGGCAAGAGAGAGUGGAGGACAAUCAGGAGCCAGACAAAUGCGCUGCGCCUGUAUUACCCAGCUCGACAUCAGCACCACCAGAGUGCAACCACUCACAGCAUUCAAAUCGCGGUGCUGGCAAUGGUGGUCACCACCGCACUCCAUCACGUUCCAAACGACGCUCAACCUCCUCAGUUGUUCUCUCUGAUCACCACGCACCGACACCCGACUUGUCCGGCAGGCCUGAGGACUAUUCCGCGCUCCUAAAGCUCUUGCAGCCUACGUUAUUUAGUACGCUCGUCGAGCAGAAUCUGCUCGCUAGCUUAUCGGCGCUGGGCUUGGACGUCGGACAGGUCGUCCACAGCGUCAUGAACGAUGCUUGCGAUUCGAGUGGUGCGCUUUGGUGGCUGCUCAAGAGGAAGGCAGACGAGAAGCAGGCACUGCUCAUGCAAUACAAUACCGCGCUUGCGACUAGUAUUGGCCAAGCCGCUUGUUCUUCUCCCUCAAUACAGCCUAUAUCGACCUUUGGAACCAGGCCAGCGUCAGCAGGGUCAUCAACCAACACUUCCAUUGCGCCUUCCAGCCUCCCUCCCGUCCCGGACUCUACCCUGGAGAUCCUUUCGGGCCUCGGAGCGCCGCCGGUGCCACCCAAAGAGUCACUGAACGACCUCUUUAAAGUCAGGCCCUCCCAGCGCAGUAAAGACUGCAGCUUCUCAGGCCCGCUGCCGCCUUCUCUUUCGCGCUCCAAGAAAAAUAUCUCUUCUCUCGUGGAUCAGUCUAGCUCCUCGACGGGCUCCGAUACAACGCCACGGCGAAGCAAGACGAUGAUCGCUGCGAGUGUUGGUGAGACGAGCCACGCGACUACUCCAAGCGAGACUCUGGAAACGCCGCCUCCAGACAAGUCUUCCCGCCCAGCCGCUCCUGCAGCUACCCGGCAACGUUCGACGUCCUUUACUAUGCGUCAGCUCACGAACGUGCUGGCUGGAAUUUCGAAAGAGCGGCUCGUUGAUGAGGAUGCGUCUGCAUCGAACAAGUUAGAGCGGUCCAAGAGUCCUAGCUCUGCGCUGUUUAGCAAGCGUCCUGGGGUGGGUCAAGUCCGACGCGGUUCCAAAGAUGAUUCGCCCAGCAUGACCGAUUCGCCGAAGAAAAAUGCGCGCACGCCUGAACUGUCACCGCGCGUCAGCUCUAUGCGAUUGGACACCUUGGAUCCCGUGACCGAUCAGUCCACUUCUCCCAGCAGCUCGGCAAUCAGUGAUGCGCGCAACACGGCACUCUCAUUUUCCGUCUCCAUGAAUUCCGUUUCAACCGCUGCAUCUACGACCAACACCGUCGACACUGGCAAGUCGAAGUUCCGUCGUUCCAAGUUCAUGGCAACUGUGCGCACGUGGCUCGGAUCGGAAGGCAAGCCAGAACAAUCAAACCCUUUCCCAGCGAAAGGUAAAAAAAAGAAGAGUGGUAAGCUUGGACAAGAGUCGGCUUCGCUCGCACCCAUUCAGGUUGGAAGCAUGCGAAAGCGGUCCGCGCCAUAUCCUCAAGGCUCGAUGCGAAGGGUCAGCGGUGUGCCGCAUAGCCCCAUGCGCGCAAGCGUCAGUCGUAUGAGCUCUUCCAACAGUAUUUACAGGAGACCAUCCACGAUUCGCAGGCAAAGUGCGAGCACGAUUGUUCUUGCCGCUACAGGUCAAGAUGGUAUCGGAAUUUCUGUCCGGCAGAACAGUCGCCCGUCGAGCAUCCAUUCCGUGGGACGUAAAGCUUCGGGCCUGCACGGAAGAAAGGGGUCUGCUAGUAGCUCUGGCUCAGGAGUCAAACAACUGCGAGGAGAAUACGCCGGGAGCCUGCGCCAUCGUCGGCGAGCUAGUUCAGAAGGCGGUACAAUUGUCCAACGGCACCGCGUUUACUCAACCAGCGCAAGCCACUCGCGUCGACACUCGAAGACAGACUCAGCCGAGUUGACGGGGGCUGAGCUUGAUGACUCCUUGGCGGCUGAAACUCCGCGGCUAUCGCAUGCACCGCGCAAAUCAUCUGAUUCUCGAGAGGGCCACGAAAACUACGGAAGCGGGCAUUUCAAGACCCAAUUUUUGGCGCACAAAACCCGCACGAGCUUCAAACCGCCGACUUCUAUGAACAUAUCGUCCAGCAAAGAAGGUGCACACGGCCAUGGCAACGGACACGGCCAUUCGCACUUGCAGCCUCACGUUCCCACUUGGAUGCGGAGCUGGGGCAAGCCCCCGCCACAUUGGGAAGGCCGCAUCGACGAUGAGCCUUCCAAGAGCGAAAUCAUCGACACUCUUCGGCCCAAGCUCCGGGACGUCUUUGCGCAGAGUGAAGAUGACGUGUGGGAAGACGAGGACGAGGAGCCGGCGUACCUUGGUGGCCUUGGCCAGACGGCAGCCAGCAGCGCCAUGGCGAAUUGGACCUGGGGGAGCCGUGCUGCUGCCGACUCGCCGUACGCAAGCCGAAUCUUACUGGGGUCCGGCUCGAUAAAUGCUGCUGAUGAAGUCCGCCCGAAAUCCAUGCGCUCGCUCUUCACUCCACCCUCGCUCGGGUCUGAGACUGCACCGAGGAUCAUUUCUACGUCUGCUCCAUCAUCGGACGGGCUUCCUAUUCAAGGUGAGGCCGGCGCAAGCACCCUCGCAGCGCUAUCUGCUGGCAGCCGCAUUCGGACGGCAGCUGCGCCAACAUUUAGGCCGACCAUUGAAGAAGAAGAGGAAGAAGAUUAGGAGCCUUCAAUGUCCUCGCUUAGAUACGAAGGGCACGAUACCCAGAGGGUUAAUUCACUCUCUUAGAUACCCCGAAAAUAGUUUGCAACAGCACAG